AAAGAGUCAAAGAGGAAGACUGAUGCCACUAGACCGUGAAUGAUCUUCAUGGUGGAGUCUCGGGCUUGGGUUGCCCAAGACCGGGUGUGGCUACAAUGGAUGUCAGAGUUUCUUGGGUUGUAACUUGUGAGCGCGGGGCAAGAUGCCCGAAGUCUCAUUCACGCUGAGUUGCCAGUUGAUAUUUAUUUGCGUUGAAGAUGUUUCUCACGAACUUGCAGUUCCAUUUGGAUCAGACCGCCGCACGGAAGAAACAUGGCCGCAUUUGUCUUGGCACCAGGGCCACGCCCAGCGCAUCACGUGCCCACGCACUAUGCGCAGGUUCCUAAGGCGACACCAAGCCCUGCGACUGCUCCCAGCACGUGUGCGCUGCGCGCUGCUCUGGUGGGCAGCCUGGUGGCCACCGCGGCCUCAGCCCGAGCGCCGAAGAAGCUGAAGACGCGCAGUGCACGUGCUUCGCGUGUAGUGCGUCAUGCCAGCACCAAGCUGGACGAUUCCGGUGCGUGGUCCUUCGUGCAUUUGAAGAACGGCGACUCGGAGGCCAAAGUGUAUUUGCGUGGUGCAAACGUGACCUCCUUCAAGGUCGGAGGAGUGGAGUGGAUCGGCCUUCGUGCAGAUUGUAAACUUGAUGGCUCCAAAGCCAACAUCAGCGGAGGCCUUCCCAUUUGCUUUCCGCAGUUCGGGCCGGGGGAAGUGAUCCCACAGCAUGGUUUUGCCCGCAACAUGGAUUGGACCUUUGUGGAGGGUGAGAGCAGCGAUGGCAAGUGUGUGCUGGAGCUGGUCGACUCUGAAGAGACGAAGAAGGUGUGGCCGUUUGAAUUCCGUUGCACUUACACCGUGGAGCUCACAGAUGGGGAGUUGGCCACUACCAUGAAGGUGGAAAACUUGUCGGAGUCUGAAUGCACUUUCACCACCGGGAUCCAUAGCUAUUUUGCCACCUCUGACAUUGACAAACUUGGGAUCGUUGGCAAGUUCAAGGGCUGCACAUACGAGGAUCGAACGAAAAAUCCUCCCACUCCGGUGGACUACGACAAGGACGAGAUCAAGAUUGCAGAGUUCAGAGAUGAGAUCUACAAAAAGGUGUGGCCAAGUACUGUCACCUUGCAGGAUCCUGAAAAGGGUGAUUUGGACAUCAUCAGUGAUGGGGGCUGGCGAGAUUUGGUGGUGUGGAACCCGUACGGAGAUGACAAGAUGGGCUACAAGACCUUCGUUUGUGUUGAAAGCGUAGAAUGUGACCCAAUCUCCUUGGCAGCAGGGUCAUCCUGGGAGGCAACCGUGAAUGUGGUGCCCAGGAAGUAGCUGCUUCAUCGAUUUUCGUAUCAUUUUUCUUGGCCAUGCGCUGAAGCUUCCUGGAGAAGGGAGAAGCCGCCGUCUUUUCUUUGGGCGGAAAAAGACAACGAGCGCAGAAUGGCCAUUUUGUGGAGGAUUGUCUAGCUUUCAAAGGGCAUGAACGCGGCCAUGGAGGUCAUUCUGGCCGGUGCAAAAAGACAGAAAGUGGGUACGGUGUGGACCCAGGCAUUGGGGCUCAGGCUCGGCGUGUCGCUCCAAAAAGUGGCUGACUGGUUUGAACCCGUGACAACAGAUGGGGACUGCUUGCUUGGCCCCUGUACAUAGAGCUGAAAGCAGUGAAAUCGAAGCUCUCGGAUGAGUUUUCAGAAGCUAUGAUUUCAAUGCGUUUCUUCGUAGCUUACUACGUCACCUUCAUGAACUCGACGUUCCUUUGGUUUGAAACCAGACCGCAGUGGCCCACGAGCUGUAAGAGGCAGCCAAUGGGAACAGGGCCUUGAUUCAAUUCAGCUGCUGAUGUACCCACGGAAGCACUCUUUGACAUCAGCUGUCGUGGGAGUGGACAUGUCGAUGCAACCCUGGCCUCUUGGCCUCCUCCUAAACUCCUGGACUGAUACUACUUGUAAGCUCUCAGAUUCCC